AUGGCAAUGGCGGCUUGGGAUAGAUUACGUUAUAUCUUCCAAGAUAAUCAACAUUCUCUUGUCGUUACGCUUGAACAAGAAUUCACCAAUACCAACAUGGAGGAUUUCCCCAAUGCCUCAUCUUACUAUCAAAGACUCAAAAGCCUCUCUGAUCAACUGAAGAAUGUUAGAUCCCCGGUUAGUGAUAGUCGACUUGUUUUGCAAAUGGUAGCAGGCCUCAUCGAGGCAAACAAAGGGGUAGAAACAUUGGUUAGACAAAUGAAUCCUCUUCCAUUAUUUUAUCAAGCCCGCUCCAUGCUCACGUUGGAGGAGGCGGGUCUUUCAAAAAAAGUAGCUACAGGUUCCAAUUCUGCUAUGGUGACUACUUCUCAAAAGGAUUUUGAUGAUAAUCCAUCGCAUUUAGAAAAUUCAAAUCUGAAUCGGGGCAAAAAGGGGUAG